UUCAUCGCUGCUCCGUUAUGUCAAAAAGUGAAAACCAAAAUAUUGCAAAUUGGUGAAAAUUUCAGUGCUGUUUGCAUAAAACCCCUCAAUUUCCUGUCGAUUAUCGUGUUAAAAUCAUUUCUGGUGCUAAAUCUAUUCAAACCAAAGCAGAGAUUUCAUCCUACCCCGCAAAUCACGCCUCCACAGAGUAACUUUACUGCGCAAACUAUGACGAACCUGCCCGCUGCAGCUGGAACCACCUCGUCGUCGUCGUAACACCUUGCUGCUGGGGUAGCUGCACUUGCUGCAGUGCCAUCUUUUUUUUCUGUUCGCUGCCUCUCGGUAAUCCGUCGCAAACAGCAGCAUGCUGGAGCAAAGUGGCGACCCGAACCAACAGCGGGAUGACCUGGGUAAUGAGGUUCCGGCCGCGAAAACCGGCGACAGCGCGGCGCCGGAAGUGGACAGCGGCGGUGCCGUCCAGCAGCUCCAGCAGGAGCUGAAGCGAAUACGUAACGAGUUUGACGGGCAGCGGGCCAAGAUGAAGGAGCUGUACCUGGCCAAGGAAGCGGAAUGCAAGCGGUUGGCGAAGGAAGCGGCCGUGGCCCGGAAGGAGCUGGAGGAGGCCAAGUCGCAGCUCAUGGUGAUGGAGUACAACAAGGAGAAGGACAUGGAGGAGCAAAACAAGCGAGCGCAGGAGGAAAUCGGGACGCUGCAGCAGCUGGUGCAGGAAACGGUGGACGAGUCGACGCUCUGCCAGCACGAGAUCCGGAAGCUGCUGGACGAGAACGACAAGCUGCGGCAGGAGCGUCAGGAGCUGAAGGAAGAGCUGGCGCAGCAGGAUUCGCCGAGUCUGGCACCGGUGCUGAACCAGGCGAAGAAGAUCAUCCGCAAGCUGGGCGCGGCCGACUCGAGCAGCCACGACAAUCUGGAAGACUCGAUGCGGAAGGUAAACAAAUAUGCUCAGGAAGACGCUGAAGUGCUCCGCUCGCUGGUUGUCCCGCUGGAGGAGGAAAUUAAAACUCUCAAGGAGAAGCUGCGCCGCGCGUACGAAGAUAUGGAAAAGAAUCGCGGUGACGAUUCAGGCAAAGCGCCCGAAUCGGCCCUGGUCGGAAUGCUCAAGGAGGCCAAGCAGGAACCAGCUCCGGCGACGGAACCAACGCCGGAAGUAACGUGCGAGAUGUGCACCAACUACGAGACCAAGCUGGUCCAGUGCCAGGAGCAGAUCAACGGCGAACGCCAAAAGGCCACGCAGCUGGAGAAAAGCGUCGAGCGGAUGCGCGAAGAGCUGGCCAAAGAGGGCGCCAUGCGAGCGGACUUGGAGGCGCAGUGGCAACAGAAGCGCGAAGAUCACAAGUCCGAGGUGCAGCGACUGAACGAGCAAACGGGCCGGGCCGAGCAGGAGCUGGCCAAGCUGAGGAAAGGCUACGCGCAGCUCAAGCAGAGCGUCAACGACGAGCUGCAGAAGCUGACGGACGAGCGCGAGCAGGUCUACCGUCACUUGGAAGUGCUCCAAAAGGACAACGAGUUCCUCUCUGGCAAGUAUCUGGAAAACUCGGACCAGCUCAAGGACCAGGACAUCAACCUGCCCCAAAGCAUCGACGAGCUGCACGAGCUCGUGCUGACACUGCACGAGAACCUGAUCGUGACGAAGACCGGCUGCGAAUUUGCCGAACGUAAAACCCUCAGCAUGCAGGACGAAGUCACGCUGCUGCGGGAUCAGCAACACACGCGCGAACGAGACCUACGCCGAACCGAACGCGACUACACGAACAAGAUCGCCCAGCAGGAGGAACAGCUGCGUCAGCAGUACGCCCACUACCAGCGUCUGGCCGCCCACAAGGAGGACCUGGAACGCGCCGAAGCCGAAAGCAAGCGCCAAAUGUCCGAACUCCGCAUGCAAACCAUCGAACUGCAAGCCGCCAACGAAAAGCUGGACAAAGCCAACGUUGACCUCAAGAACAAGAUGAGCGUCCUCCAGGAAGAUCUCGCCAACAACGAGGCCGUCCAGAAGGACUUUGUCAAGCUGUCCCAAUCACUCCAGAUGCAGCUCGAGAAGAUCCGCUCCGCGGACACGCAGGUCCGCUGGCAGGACGAGGACGACGUGGACCACUGUCCCAGCUGCCGGAAGGAGUUCACCGUGACGCGGCGGAAGCAGCACUGCCGGCACUGCGGCACCAUCUACUGUCAGCCGUGUCUGGCCAAAACGGUUCCGACGGGGCCGAACCGGCGGCCGGCACGCGUCUGCGAAGUCUGCCACACGCUGCUCGUACAGGACACGGCGCCCUACUUCAGCCGGGAGCCGCCGCAGUCGCCGUAGGCUUUGACGAUUGUCCCCCUGUAGUACGUGUUUAUAUUCGUUACGACAAGUUUUAGUGUACAUUUCCGUCUCCGCUUUAUCCAAUGGAAUAAAUAUAUUAAAA